AUGUCAACAUCAGAUGAACUAUCUGUGCUUAUCCAGAAUCUGCAAAAAUGUAACAACACAAGCGAAUCUAUCAAUUUCGAUCUGGCUAGUACCAUUCAGGAAUUCCUCAACUGUUUAGACAAAAAUGUGUUUGAAGAUUUGGAAAAAGGAAUAAAUGGAAGUGAAAAGGAAAAAAACAAAGGAAAAAACAAGGGCAAGGAUAAAGAAAAGGACAAUCACACAGAAAAAGACUUAGAAAUGGAAAAGCAAAACGAAUUGAUGAACAGUUUCACCUCAGCAGCAAUAUUCGUCGAAAAUUGCGUGAAAAUUUUUGGGUUAAAAAUUGAACAUCUUCACAACUUGGCACAUAAUACCUUGUACAAUAUUUAUAAAGAGAACAAAAAUAACAACUCAGCAAAAAAGCAUAUUAUCAUAUCUGAUGAAGAGGAAUAUUUGUUCAUUAAUGAAAUUAAAAGUUUAAAAAAUUCUCAAAGUGAGAACGAGCAAUACUUGGAGGACGAUUUGCUUAUCAAAACAAUUCCUCUCCCUACCUUUCUGUUUGCAGAAAAUAUGAAGAAGGAAAAAAGCCAAGUCAGUAACUCCAAUAGAAGCGAGAGCAACAACUGCAGCAGUAACUUUAAUGGUGAUGAGAAGAAUCGAAACGCUAGCUCCAAUUUGACUUCACAAGGAGAAGAUGUAGAACACACGUUAAAUACAAAAUGGACAAAACUGGGAAAACAAGUUCGUACAGAUUCAGGGGAUAUUGAAUCAGAGGUACCAGAAAUAGACGAAGAAGAAGAAGAAAUAAUAGAUCAUAAUUCUAUAAAAUCCUUAAAUUUUGAUAAAAUAUUCCUGGAAAAUGAUGGAAUUUUACUCCUAGAUAUCAAUGAUUACAAUAUUUUCAUAAAUGAUCAAAACGAUUUUUCAAUUCAAAAUCAAAUGAGUUCUGCACUUUUCGAAAAAUAUGAUUUUUACACUUCAAAUAAUUCUACAUAUUUACCUUGUGCUAAUUUAAGCAAAUAUAUUGAAAAAGAAAAAACAGUUGAUGCCAUUUACAAAAUUAAUAGUUUGAAUGAUAUACUAACGAAUGAUUUGUGUCAAGAUAUAUUCUUAUUUAAGCAAGAUUUCUAUGAUUAUGACUUUUCCCUUGGAAUAACAAAAAAUAAAAAUAGUAUGCUAAAUAAAUUUAAGGAAAAUCAAAAAUAUUUACACUUACUUGACGAAAAUUCACACAUGGGUGAAAACAAAUUUAUUACAACUCAUGAAAAAAGUCAAGGAAAAAAAAAAUUACCACAUUACUAUAUGUUAAAUUGUCAGAAUAUCACAAGAUCACAGGAUUUUUUCAGGUAUAUGCAACCAAGUCAAAUUAUCGAUAUUAUUGAAAGAAAUACACACAGACACUAUUUCUCUUAUGCCACAAAUCAGAACGAUAUCAAAGAUAGUAAUGAUCUUGUGGGACAGGAUAGGAAGCAGGAUGAUAUGUCCUCUGAGAUUCUUGAAAAUAAACUGACCAGUUCUCACAUGAGGAAACAUAAUCUUGAUCUUCUACAUUCAAAUGAUGAGAAGUUGUUUGAUCAAAUAAAAAUCCCAGAUAUGUACAUACAAAAACUGGGGUUAAAUUUUUCAUACUAUCAUUUAGAACCAUUAAUUUACGAUUUAAUAAAAGACUUAAAAAAAAAAAAAAAUGUGGAAAAAUUUUUCUCUAUAAAUCUCUAUGAUGAAAAGCAAAAUUACGAGUUUGAUAUUUUACAAGAUGAAGAAUAUGCUGAUGAUAAAAUUGAAGAUAAUCCAAACGCUCCAGAGAAAUACACCACGGAUAACUUCCUCGAUGUCAGAUCACUAAACGAUGACAUGAAUGACAUUCCGCUCGAAGUAUUUGAGAAGAAAGAUUCUUCGGACAUUUUCUUCGCUUCCUUUGAUGAAGACAUUCACGACAGAGUGAACAAAUGGAAUAUCUUUCUUGAAGAAAAACUCCAGAUGAUGAGGAAACGUCCCAAGUAUGACGUAGACGUGUACAAAAAACAUAUCAUAAAUUAUACAGUUAACAAUGGAGAAAAGACAUCAUUAUCAAACCUUAUAAAAGACAAAGAGCCAUAUGAAAUAUGCAGAAAUUUCUUAACAACUCUGAUGUUAAUAAACACAAACAUGCUAAAUAUAAGAGAAAUAAAUCCUACCAGCAAAUCCAAUGAUGUAAGCAAUUACGAAAUUAAUGUAAUAAAGGAAAAUUCUCAAGAAUAUCUUACCAUGUCUAAGAGGUUCAAAAAUACUAGCUUUAUCAUAAAGGAUAAGAAGAGGAAAAAUGACACCUUGGGAAAAGCAAAAAAUAUCCAAGCCAGCAAAAGGAAGAAGCACAAGGAUUAA